CUAUAAUGCAAAAUUAACCUUAGUCUCCGUUUCGCCCGAAAUUGAUCCGUUACAAGAACAAGACUUCAAUUCAAUCACUUCUGAAAGAGGUCAAAAUCCUAGAAUAAAGUCGAAAACCUCUAUUCCUGUUGAUAUAAAUAAUUUAUUAUUACGUGCUCAUGUUAUUCGAAAUACUGAAUGGAUCAUUGCUAUAACUGUUUUUACCGGAAGUACGUUUAUACUUAAGCAUUUGAAAGGGUUGGUUAUUUUAAACUUUGUAAUUCUCAUCAUUCUUGCCUCAAUUUGUGCUGUUGGAAGUGGUGUAUCAUCAGCACUUUUGCUUAAUGCAAGGGGUAACCGCAUCGAAGAACGUGUAACUUCUAAUUCUCAACAGACAAUUCCGCUCGCAUCUUUUCUAACUUUUUUCUCAGGCCUGAUUAUUUUUCAAAAUAUAAUUCCAAUUUCUUUAUAUAUUUCAAUUGAAUUUGUAAAAGGUUUUCAGGCUUUUUUUAUUUACAAUGAUCUUGAUAUGUGGGAUAAGGAUGCAGAGAUCCCGUGUGUUCCAAAAUCAUGGAAUCUUUCAGAUGAUCUUGGUCAAAUUGAAUAUAUAUUUUCUGAUAAAACUGGAACUUUAACACGUAAUAUAAUGGAAUUCCGCCAAUGUUCAAUUGGUGGUAAAGUGUAUGGUCGAAAUGGUUGGGCUGGUAAGACGGACGCUAGUAUUGGAAAAGAAAUAGCACUGGGCGAUAAUAAAUCUGAUGCCGAAGGAAUUUCAAUGAAUAAAAAUAAGCUUUGGAAUCAUUAUUUACAUGAAUUGAGAAGUACAUUUGAUCCCAAAUAUUCAAGUACUGAUCCUGAUUUUUUGACAUUCGUGGACCCAGAUAUAUAUAGAGAUUUACGUGCUGAUAAAACUAUUGAAGAUGAGGAUGGCGAAUUUAAUAUUGAUGAUAAUUUAGAUAAGCAAAAAAGAGCCCGACUUGUCAGAGAGUUUUUCACUUUAUUGGCGGUAUGUCACACAGUAGUUUUAGAUAAUAUUACUAAUGAAUCUGAUAGUGACAAGAGUAUUAGCGACAAAGGCAAAACAUCCGUAGAUGAUAUACAAUCAGAUCAAACAAAUAAUCCUAAUUUAAAUCCGGCAGUUGAAGAAAAGCUUUCGCCAAAUAAUUCACCUUUUACUCUAAAAAAAGUCAAAAAUUCGAUUUCAAAUAUUAAAUCGUCCUUUAAAGGGUUCGAGUCAGUGGCAAGUUUAGUAGCUCCUUCAGCAAAAAAAGGGAAAAAAUCUAUUGCAAUUGAUAAAACAUUGGUACAUGACCUUGUAUAUAAAGCUGAAUCUCCUGACGAAGCUGCUUUAGUUUCUGCCGCAAAAAAUGUUGGAUUCGCCUUUUUGGGUCGAACAGCUGAAUCAAUGACUGUUGACAUUUUUGGUCAAGAAUAUGUUUUUGAUAUAUUAAAUGUUUUGGAAUUUAAUUCCUCACGUAAAAGAAUGAGUAUAAUAGUUCGUCGUCCUGAACCACUAGGUGGUGGUAUAGUACUAUUUUGUAAGGGCGCAGAUAACAUUAUCUUUGAACGUUUAGCAAGUGGUCAAGAACAAUUGAUUGAAAAGACUUCAGCUGAUAUUGAUGAAUUUUCUAAUGAUGUAUUGAAUGAGUCCUAUUAUAAUUCUUGGGCAACAAGAUAUCAAGAAGCGUCGACCGCCAUUCAAGAUCGUUCUUCGAAAAUUGACGCCUGUUCCGAUGAAAUCGAAAGGGAACUUAUCCUCUUGGGUGCUACUGCAAUUGAAGAUAAACUUCAAGAGGGCGUUCCAGACUGUAUAGCAAGCCUUCGAAGUGCGGGAAUUAAAAUUUGGGUUUUGACAGGUGAUAAGUUAGAAACAGCUAUUAAUAUUGG